UUUCGAUCGCAAGCUCAACACAAACGAACUACAGUCGGUAGCGGCACGAUGAAGGCGUAUAUCCUCGACGGCACGUGUGUAUUCCUUGCUGCUUCCCUGGCGGCGCUCGUGUGGUACUGCAUGGUGUCGGCCGACUGGAUGGGUCAACGUGGCGACAUCGGGACGGCGGAGUACGCUCAAGGGAUCGGUCUAUGGGCAAACUAUACAGCACGCCGCGGCGAUGCUUGGUUUGAUCCAGGGAAUUCGUUCUGGUUGCCCAUGCAAAGCACCGCGGUCGAGUUUUACCAUGGGCAAUGUGCGUCGUACCAGUACCCCGACUGCUCGCUCUUGGGAAGCGGGGAGUACCAAAAGCAAUUGUGCCAAGUGCUCGCGGUGUACUGUGGCACCCCCCUUCUGAUCAUUCAGCUCAUGAUGUCGAUGGCGGCCGGGAUGGCGAUUGUCGUGCUGUUGUGGGUCGUCGUCAUGGUGGCUAACAAGCACCGAACAAGCACGGAAGACUACCUCGUCGGGCUUUGUCUCUUCACUGGCAUGUUGCUCAUGGCCGUGGUCGGAUGCUUUUACUGGUUUGUUUUUUCACCGAUUUUGAAGACUGCGUUCUACGCCGACGAACGGUCUCGUUGCAAGGACAACGAGAAGGGCCGGUCAUGUUGGAGCAUUCGCAUGGUCCCAUACGCCACUAUGGUCGCGAGCGGGCUGUACUGCGCUUUGACAGUGGCGCUGACGUCGCUCAGCGGUGUCAAGGCUGGUCGAUACAAGGUAGUCGUGCAAGAAUAUUGCCGAAAAGUCCUGGCCGAUACAGAUGCCCGCGCCAUUCGUGAAUCGACCACGUCGACGGUGCGCGGAUCCGAAGACUCGAUUCUUUCGCGCGAUUCGAUUGCUCCCGCCUCAUAGUUGGGGUCAUUCCGUCGAUAAACAUGUUGCAACGAGGCAUUUGUGGCAUCUAUUGCUUGGCCUACACAUGCCACGCCAAGCAUGCCAUCGUAAGGCUCUGGUUGGAGGUCUAAAGUUGACCAGCUGAGAGAUCGUGAGAGAUAGAGACCUUGUGUUGGUGGAAUACUGUACAUGGGAUCACUCGCUGU